AUGCCUAACAGCACGUCUUCGCCCGUCAAGCGCCCCGGUCUCGCCCGCCGUGCUGUUUCUUCACAUGCAGUCGUCACGAGGACGACAGCCAACCCCAACGAGCUGUCGCAGUCUCAUUCUUCCAAGGGCCCCCUUCAUCAUAAAGCACAUCGCGCCCAUGUUGUUGGCGGUGGCCACCGCCAUCACCAUCGAAAUCCCUCCUUCGGAAAGAAUUUGAACAAACUACAACGCUUCCAGCUAGGGCCCGAGACCACCGGGCGACAUCAUCAACGCAAGAAGUCCGCUCCGGCAACCCCCAUCGGUAGUCCUAAGGGUACGGCACAUGUACGCUGGGACGGAGCGCUGGACGAUCAUCCGAAGAAUACGUCGAUGAAGAGAAACAACUCGACGCCUGCGCUACGACGAAAUACCUCAGGUAUUGGGAAGAAAUCCCUAGUGACGGAGCGGCCGCACUCAAGCUCCGAGAAGAAGAAGACGGUCGGAUUUGAAUUGGGUGAUGACGAGAACGACGACGCCGAGUGGGAGGAUACCACGCAAUCACCCGAAAGUACAAGACGCAAUUCUGUCGCGCCAUCCAACCAAAGCCUGGAGAACACCCAAGUCCUAGUCGAUCCUCUAACUUUUGUGAAGCGCCCCUAUCCGCAGAUGCCUCGAGCGACUAGUUUGCCUGACUCGAUCACCAACAAGUUUGUACGAGAGGACCCCGAGCAAUCCGAAGAAGACCAAGAGGAGGAGGAAGAAGAGUCAGACGAAACACAGGACGCCAACCAGCAGUCUGACCAGGGGGACAUUGCGAACCGUCUCCUCAGCCCUUCGCACUCCGCCAAAGCCCCACCGGCCAUGUCUUCUAUUUCUGCGAUGGCCAAGCCCUCAGAAACCGCGUCACGCAGUGCCUCUUUCACUCUGGCUGCUGGCCAGGAGGGUGCGCGGAGGACGUUCUCGACUUCCAACCUUGUGAUGGCUCAACUUCCCGGCAGUCAUACCCAAGCUACUUCCUCGUCUAUGGAAGGCGGCGUUUCGAGAUUCAUCAUGAGCAAUAAAUCCGGGGUCCAGGCUUCUUCACGGACCGACUCCGAUCCGAAUACCCCCUCCUCCUUUCUCCCCCAUUAUCAUCCCCAAACGCCGCCAUCCCCUGGCCGAGGGGCCAGCAAGUCCACUGCAUCUCCCGCGCGACCCCGAGGCACCGACCUGCCGUCUAGAACGCAGCAAAAGCUCUGGCUUCAACGCACCGCUGCCCUCAACAAUUCUCCACCCGAAUCCCACGGUAUCUCCACGACAGCCUCUCCCUCCAGCAUCGACCCAACCUUCAUAGCAGGCGGACAUUCCCGUACGGGCUCGAGUGCCUUUGAUGUUAGCCGCGGCAUCAAUGGAGUUGGGCGACCCGGGGCUUCUGGCCAUGAAAACGAAGCUCGACACAUUCGAAAAGCAUACGAAAAGACAGCUCUCGAGUUGAUGGUUGUCCGACGUUUUCAAUCACCAACGGCCGACAGCUUCACCCGAUUACGUUCUGUUCCCCGAGCCUCUCAAGCCCUUACUGUGAAUGCGGAGCAAAGAUCGGCGCUGGGCAAGCCGGUCAAGUCGGCGCCUUCUUUAACGCUCCUUCAACAUGGAAGACGCCCCAAUCGGUUGGCCUCAAGCUCCGAGUCGAAAUCACAGUUGCCUGAUCCCCACUCUGCCUCCGAAGACCCAGCGACUCACAGCGAGUCCACCGACACCGCUCAGGCAUCGAAGUCAUCUCAUCCGUCCCAUCGGAUUCUAUCCACUUCCGACGAGGCCGCGCAUGGCUUGGCUAGCGAUCAGGAUUCGGAUGACUUUUCGGCUGUGAACGAGACCGAUAUGAUGGUCCGCCGUAUGUGGGAAAGCCGCGAGGUGGCUACUUCGGGCUGA